AUGUCAAACAUCCUAUCAGUUUUCAACCCUCCUCCACCAAGAGACAUACCGGAGAAAGAGUACAAGUAUUGCCUACCAUGCACUGCAAUUCAGUCGGCAGUGGGGAUAGGUCUUGGAUCUGUGCUUAGUUCCCCCAAUCAAUUCAAGGAUUCCACCACUGGCAAAAUCGAUCUUGUCAAGAAUCCGCUUUGGUGGCAGCGGUCUGUGCGAAGUGCUGGGGUUAUUCUAUUGGCGUUGGGUGCUUAUCGUGCUGGUGAGGUUGUACAAGCUGUUUAUCAAAAGAAGUUUUGA